UGCAUGCAGCUGCUGUGCUGUUACUCUUGUUCGUUCGGAUUGAUGAUCUAACCUCUAAAUUCACAAUCGCGACCUUUGUCAUUUAUUGUUUAUUAUAACAACAAAUAUCCACGGUGUCGUAGUAGGUAUAAACAUCAUUGAUAAAGCAAGAAAGAACCACCGCGGACGCGAGUGCGAGUGGAUUGGAAUUCGUUCAGACGUUAUUUUUUACUCUUACGUCUCAAAAGUGAGGGAGGCCAAAAAGAUAACAACUGCAACAUACUUGAACUUUAGUCAAAGCCUCGACUAUGAUAACGGAUGGCAGAGAGAUGGACAGCGUGUGGAUAACGGGUGCAGUGGGCGCGAUCAAGGCAUUAUCCUAUGUCUACGACCUGAUCACCUUCCCGGUCUACCUGCUGCUGCAACGUCCUUGGGAGAAGCGCAAAGCCUCUCGGCGCAUCAAAGCGCGACCCGUCAGCCAAGACGAGCACUCGAUCGUUUAUAGAAAUGUCGAUCCCAUUGGUCCGAUGCACGCCGCCCUUGUUCGACAAAAUAUCGAUACCUUGGAGGCGAUGCUCAAGUGGGUUGCCAAAGUUCACGCUGACAAAGGUUGCUUGGGCACAAGGCAAAUCUUAGCCGAGGAAGACGAGGUGCAGCCGAAUGGUCGGGUUUUCAAAAAGUACAAAAUGGGCGAGUACAGGUGGAAAAGUUUCACCGAAGUGGAGAAUUUGGCAGCUAAGUUCAGUCGUGGCUUGAAGGAGCUCGGCUUGACAACGCGCAAAAACAUCGUCAUCUUCGCCGAGACACGCGAGGAAUGGAUGAUCGCGGCACACGCGUGUUUCAAGCAAAAUCUCACGAUCGUCACGAUCUACGCGACUCUGGGCGACGAUGCCAUUGCGCACGGCAUCAACGAGACAGAGGUCGACACUGUGAUUACCAGCUACGAGUUGCUGCCAAAAUUUAAGAAACUCCUGUCUAAAGUACCCGAAGUCAAACACAUCAUCUACAUGGAGGAUCAGCUCAAGCAAGCUGAUACCAGUGGAUUCAAGGAGUUGGCUCGUAUUAUCCCGUUCCAAGAGGUGGUCAAAGUUGGAAACACGUCGAAUGCCGCUUUAGUGCCACCCAAAACCGAAGAUACGGCUAUCAUUAUGUACACCUCUGGCUCAACUGGCGUGCCUAAAGGUGUCAUUCUUUCGCACAAGAAUGUCAUUGCUACCUUGAAAGCUUUUUGCGAUAGUGUGAUUAUCAAAGACGAUGAUGUAUUUAUGGGCUUCUUACCCCUCGCUCACGUCUUCGAAUUGCUAUCCGAGAGCGUUUGUCUGUUGAAUGGUGUGCCCAUUGGAUAUAGUUCGCCAUUGACGAUGAUCGACUCCAGCAGUAAAAUUCAAAAAGGUUGCAAGGGUGAUGCGAGUGUCUUGCAUCCGUCUUGUUUGACUGCCGUACCACUGAUUCUCGAUCGAAUCUCAAAGGGUAUCAACGAGAAAGUCAAGAGAUCAGGUCCCUUCAGACAGGCAAUCUUCAAUUUCGCUUACCAAUAUAAAUUGAAAUGGACCCGACGUGGCUAUGACACGCCAAUUUUCGACAAAACAAUUUUCGCCGCCGCAAAACACGUUUUAGGUGGUCGCGUGAGAAUGAUCCUCACUGGCGGUGCUCCUCUCAGUCCGGACACGCAUAUGCAGGUCAAACUCUGUUUGUGUGUUACUGUGAUUCAGGGUUAUGGAUUGACUGAAACAUGUUCCUGCGCUACUGUAAUGGAUGCUUAUGACAGAAGUACUGGAAGAGUUGGUGCCCCAACUACGGUCUGCGAUAUCGCAUUGGAAAAUUGGGAAGAAGCUGGUUACAAAGUUACGGAUAAGCCAAAUCCACGAGGUGAAAUUAUCAUCGGUGGUGAUAAUAUUUCGGAAGGAUAUUAUAAACUUCCUGACAAAUCGAAAGAAGAUUUCUUCACUAAGGACGGCAAGAAAUGGUUCAGAACUGGCGACGUUGGCGAAUUUCAUCCUGAUGGAGUCAUUAAAAUUAUUGAUAGGAAAAAAGAUUUGGUAAAACUUCAGUUUGGCGAGUACGUAUCGCUUGGAAAAGUGGAAUCUGAAUUGAAAACAUGCCCACUUGUAGAAAAUAUUUGUGUUUAUGGUGAUGCUACCAAGCACUUUACAGUAGCUUUAAUUGUACCAAAUCAUCAUCAUCUAGAAGAAAUUGCUACUAGUCGUGGCAUUACUACCACUUCCUUCGAAGAGUUGUGCAAUAAUCCUCAAGUGGAAAAGGCAGUCCUACAAGCUCUCGUUGAACACUCGAAAAAAUGCAAUUUACAGAAGUUCGAAAUACCAGGAGCUGUGAAGUUAGUGACAGAAACAUGGUCGCCCGAUAUGGGUCUCGUAACUGCUGCAUUUAAGUUGAAGAGGAAAGAAGUUCAGGAGCGUUACAAGCAUGAAAUUAGCCGUAUGUAUGCUUCGUGAUGUCACGCAGACAAAUAUAUGAAGAAAUGUGCGUAACACAAAUGAGCGAGUACUGUCAAUCUAUCUUAUUUAAGAGAAUCUACCUUAUUUUAAAAGGACACCUCGAAUAGGCAAAUCGUCGUGAAUGUCACGAAAGCGCAAAAAACUGGGAUAUUUACGCACAAGUGAAGAAUGGGCUUUCACAAUUGUCAGUCUAAAACUGUUAAAUUGAGACUGUCAAAGGUUGAAAAUAAGAAAAAUCAAUAAGCAGCUUCCUCAAGGAGCCGAUUCUUCUUGAAAAUAAUUGUGCUCUGUUAAAAUAAAAAUUUUUUACACCAAAUAAAUAUAAAUGUAUUGCAUACCUCGUUUCCCUGUAUCAUGUUUGGGAAACAAAGUAUUUUUAUUUUGGAUGGAAUCUUAGCAUUAUAAUGUGUGAAUAUCAUGUAACAAAAGAAGCAAAUUAAAAAAUACUUAAUUUGUAUUAUAUAUAAAAGUAUAUGUAUUAGAUUAGUAUGCGCAAGUUACAUGCAUGGACAAAUAUUAAAAAGGACCAUUUUAUUACUUUUUUGAACUCAAAAUAUUCGAUCAUCUUUUUAUCAUCUCUGAAUCGAUUUGAAUUGUACAUUUUUAAAUGACGUCUUUUAUUAAUCAUGGAACCAGUAAAAAAAGCACAAAAUAAAAAAACAAAAAAUAUCGAUGGAUAAAACUGAUUGUAUGCAUAAUGAACAAAAUUUAUCUUGUAAAAACAUAUGUAUGUAAUGUACAAUUAAUGUGUGCGACUGUUUUUAUUGUUGCAACAUGAUGUAUAGAUUAAAAUGACUGUGUCAUUUUAGUUUUUAGAUUUAAAAAUUUUAAAUAAUUUGCAGUGUAAGUGUGAAAUGAAAAAUGCGUAAAUAUGUAGGAGUAAUAUAAACUAUCGAGAAAUUUUUCUGAAAAAGUAUGACUGUGUAAAUUGUAAAUUGCUUUUAUUUUAGAAACCGUUAAAUUUUUUAAUUAUAACUGAAUAUUUUGAAUGACAUGUUACAGAUUUAUAAAAUGGCCUACUAUUGUGAAUAGGAAUGAUUGUGUAUGUGGUAUACUUGAAAUAAACUUUGUGAAAAUAA